CGUCGCAUCAUCACAUGUUGACUUGUUGAGGGAAAGUUUAAAGAUCGUGUAAUUUUUAAGGUUAAGGUUAAGUUUAAGGUUAAAGUAAGUAAGGUUCAGCGUAAAGAGAAAGAGAAACUCUAGGAAGAAGCAGGAUAGGUGCUGGAACUGAAAGGAUAGAAUUCUCAGUCGAAUUUUUAGUAGACUUUAAUUAUUAAGCUUACUUAUUUUAUAGUUAAAUCAUAUAUACUUUAAUUCAUCUGACAAUUGUUCACUAAAACAUGGAAUCCAGAGUUAGAGAUCUUUGUCUUCAAUUGUACCAAAUUGGUGCUUUGAAAUUUGGAGAUUUUAAAAUGAAAGUUGGUGUCAACUCUCCUGUGUAUUUUGAUUUAAGAAUGAUGAUAUCUUAUCCAACAGUUAUGGAGUCUCUCUCCAAUCUACUUUGGGACUUCGCAAAGUCAGAGGGUGUGGAGUGCGAUGUUGUCUGCGGAGUGCCUUACACUGCACUUCCACUGGCCACACUGAUUGCAGUAAAAGCUGAUCUACCGAUGUUGAUAAGACGGAAAGAAGCAAAAGAUUACGGCACCAAGAAGCUUAUCGAAGGUGUUUAUAGCAAAGAUGAUUUGUGCAUUAUAUUCGAGGAUGUAGUCACCACUGGUUCCAGUAUUUUGGAAACAGUAAACGAUCUGAAACAUGAAGGGUUGGUAGUGAAGGAGGUAGUGGCAGUGUUGGACAGGGAGCAAGGAGGCAUUGGCAACUUGGCAAGGCAGGGGAUCUCCUUGAAGCCUCUCAUGACGCUCACUCAGAUACUGCGUCAUCUGAAGGCAGCCGGGAAGAUUGAUGACAAUACCAUCAACAGAAUUCAAACCUAUGUCCAGCAGAACCAGUUGGAUCCAAGAGGAGAACCUAUAAAAAGUGAGGAAGAGUCACGUCUAGAGCUGUCGUUCAGUGCUCGUGCCGACAAGGCACAACAUGUUGUGGCUGCCCGUCUACUACGGCUGAUGGAAAGAAAGCAAUCUCUGCUUUGUGUUGCUGCAGACGUGUCUACAUCACAGCAACUGUUGGAUCUCGCUGAGGCAGUGGGACCUCAUGUCGCUCUGCUUAAGACUCAUGCCGACAUUAUAACUGACUGGUCGCCCAAUGUUGCUUUGCAACUCGCCAGCCUAGCAAAACAACACGAUUUUCUCAUCAUGGAAGACAGGAAGUUUGCGGACAUUGGUCACACAACAGGACUGCAGUACAGUCUGGUGCGGCCUUGGGCAGAUCUUGUAACUGUACACGGUCUCCCUGGAGAUGGGCUGCUGCAGGGGAUACAGGCUGAAAUAGCCAAAUAUCCAGAAUCUCCACGAGGAGUUGUCCCCAUAGCACAGCUGAGCUGCAGUGGUAAUCUCAUCACCCCUCAAUACACUAAGAGUGUGAUGCGGCAAGCAACCAGUUUUCCCCAGCUGAUUGUCGGGUUUGUGUGUCAGUCUCCUGAUGUUGUUGUGUCACCUGGUCUGCUUCAGCUGACUCCAGGAGUGAGCUUGGCAGAGUCAACGGACACGCUGGGCCAACAGUACAACUCACCAUUAGCGGUGGUGUGUGAGCGUGGGGCAGACCUUGCUAUUGUAGGUCGUGCGAUAGUGUCUGCUGAUGACCCUGCUCAUGCAGCACUAAAGUACAAGACUUUACUUUGGGAAGCCUACCAACAGCGUGUGAAUAGUCAGGCUGUACGAGAGGAUUGAUUGGAUAGUGCCACAAACAUUAUUACACAAGAAGAAGCAUUCCUGAACAUGGUGAAAUUGUGAGCAAGUCGUACAACAUAUAUUUUAUAGUAAAACACUCAUUGAUUUUACCAGAUUUAAGUGAUAAUAAGUAAAGGGUUGUAAUGUUAGAAAAUAGAAUAGAUUUUUCUAUGAAUAUUCCCACCUGAGAUGAAUAUUUUGUUAGAAAAGAAAUAUUUAUAGUGUUUAUGAUAUAAUUGUAACAUUUAUGUAUCCAUAGAACAUAUUGUGGUACUCAAAUGGUAUAUUUCUUAAGAUAAUAGAUUUCUUUCCUUGGGAAUAUUGUUUGUACAUUUAUUAUAAUGAAUAAUCUAAUUUAAACCCUCAUUUACUAAUGUGUCUAAUGAUGAAAAAUACUGUUCAUUUCACUGUUAAUGUUUAGCAAUGCAAUGUAUACUUUAACAGUUUUAUUAUUUGUUAAAAUAAAUUGUAUUUUCCAUAUUUUGAAAUGAUUUACCUACAGUUAAGAAUUGCAUUUUUAUAUUGUCAUUCUCCUUUUAAACUAAAACAAUAACAAUAUUUUCAACUUUAACCCUCCAAGUGUUAUAAUCACACUGUGUGGUUUCUUUGAACAAUUAAAGUGUUGGUUGGUACUGCACAGAAAAAUAUACUACUUCAAACUAUAACUUAAGAGUUUAUAUCAUAAAUGCUUGGUUUGUAAACAAAGAAUCUUUUCUGACAAAUUUUAAUUGCUAUUUCAAAGGUUCUAAAAGGAUAUGCAAUAACACUUAGCUGAUUCAGUCAGUUGUUGGCAUGUUGUGCUCCUUUCCGUUCAACUGGUGCCAAACACCACGUGACUGACGGUUUUAUUUUGCUGUAUAGUAUAAUAUAAUUGUUUAAGUAUGUUUUGUGUUCUUCAGUUUUAAAUUCAUAUUUGUAACCAAUAUGGUGUGAAAAUGGUAUAUCCUUUAGAUAAUGUACUCAUUAUGUAGUUUUCAUUAACAAAAAUUGAUAUAUUUUGGAAUUUCAUUUACUUUGAUAACAUACUGUAUAUAUCUCAGUGCAGAGAAAAUAUUUGUUAUAACUCUUCCAGUUGACAUGGUCUCCUUUUCAGGCCCAAAGUAUUUGAAUUUUUCUGUGUGUUAUAGACAUGUUUAUGCAAAAUUUUGCAUAUAAUAGGUAAUAUAAUAUGAUAACAUUCAUAUUCAAAAAACAACAUUUAAAGAAUUCAAGCAGUGUCCUAGAAAAUAGCUUCGCACUGUAGUGAUUUAAAUUAGCACUUGGAAGGUUAAAUAUUAGUUUUGUUCUAUAUUUUUACCAGAUACAUAUUAAAUUUUAAUACAAUAGAACACAGCCUUCUAUGAUUGAAUGGUUUCUUUUUAUAUGACUAGUAGUAUAGAGAGCAGAGUUUAGAUUAUAUUGUUUCAAAUUAUUUGCCUGUUCAUAUUAUUUAGCUUGGCUGUCGAAUCUUCUUGGGUAAUCUGCUUCAUUUCUUACUGUAUAUGGUUCAAAGGAACUAAUAAUAAAUUUAAGACUGAUCAUAAAUGUCUGGUAACUGUAGUUUUUACUGUUAGGAAAUAAAUUAUUUGAUGACUGGUAAGGUAUUCUGUGUUCAGAUAUUGCCUUGUAUCUUAAUGUACCAGUACAACUUGGUGUAAUCAGUUUUUGGUCUGGAAUAAAUUAUUUUAGAAUAUCUUCUGUAAAAGUUUUACAAUUUUUAUCUUCAGCCCAUUUUUAUUUAUACCGGAGUAAAUAAAUGCUUAAAUUUCCUGCUUUAAAUGCCUGUAAAUUAUUCAUGGAGCAAUCAACAAACUUAUUCCCACUUUUUAUGUCUUUCAGGAAAGUUAUUUUUAAGCUAAAAAAUAUUUUCUCUACCAAAUUUUUAAUGCACCACCUUAAAGAGAGAGUGUAGAAAUGAUACGAAAGCAUUGAAUAGUUUUUUGUGUUUACUAUCUUUCUUUAAAAAUUUGUUUUACUUUAUGACAUGAUUUUAUUAAGUAACUGGGUGUGGGUGGUUCUCAUUAAAUUUAUAGAGAGGGUUUAAAAGUUUAAUGUAGGAUAAAUUGUUCUUUAUCCUACUGAAAUCAUAUUGCUGUUUUUUUACCAGCCAUUUUAUAAAUACGACCACAAAAAAUGUUACAAUUACUAUUUACACUGUGCAGCUGUGUUUUUGCAUUUUAUAACUUAUCAGAUGACCUAAUUAAGAUCUAUAGACUUAGUUGUGAUAAUAUAAUUAUGUUUUGAAAACAGUAACAUAUAAGUUUAAAAUUGGAAGUAAAGAUAUGCAAUGUUUUACUCCUCAUGAAGGUAGUAAUGAAACUAUCAUGGCCAUGUGCUACCAGUUUUAAAAGUUUGGGAGUAUGAUUUAGAAGUUUUAUAGAUCUUUGUAUCCAAUAUAUGAUGUAUUAUUAUGAGCUAUAUUCAUACUACUUGUCCGUUGUUCCUUUUCUUUUAGUUUGAAACACUUAAAACAUAAAGAUAAAAAUUCAAUAAAAUAAAAAGAUAAAAGUUCACUGUCAGUCAUAUAAAGAAAAGUGUACACACAAAUAAAUCAAUCAAUAAUUUUGCAUUGGUGUUCUUUAGUAAACAGUUUCUCACGACCUGCAAAAUUAAAUAUUUUAUACUUGUUUAUGGGAAGAAGGUAUAAUCACAUUCCAUGUAACAAAACUAGCUCAUUGAAUUGUCAUAUUUAGUAAUAUAAGUUGUGAUUAGUGAAGUUGGAGACAAUAGUCAGAGCUAGCAAUAUUUUUAUAGCUGUAGACAUAAACUAAUUCUAACAUUAUUAAGACUGCAGUUAAUUAUGUCUUCCAGACGAAUUCAUUUGUGUAUACCUACAUUCAUUUUAGAAUUGAUUGUUCAAAAGAGCUAAACAUUUUGAAGGGUCAGUUCUUGACUUCAUAUUACUUAGGUAUUUCAGUGUUUAAAAUGUCAUGUAAAAACAUAAUCAUACCCGUAGUUAAUUCUACAACUGAAUAGAUUUAAGAUUCAACUCCACACAUAUAGUUUGAGACAGAAUUAGUUUCAAUUAGAGUAAUUUACAAUGUAAUAGUUUAUCUUUAAAUUAUGAGAAAUCAUUUAAACGAGAUUUGUUCCUUUGUACUAAAUCAUUCCCUUGGUUAGAAAAGUAAACAUUCCUUGUUACUGUUAUUGUUAAUGACAUUGUUCAAGUCAUAUCUUAAAAUAAAGAUUAUUUAGGGAAA